AUGUCUUUAGACGUUACUGAGAUUGCAAGGAUAUCAGACGGCGGAUCAUCCAAGCCUCAAAUCCAGGCUAGGGUCGACCUCUUCAAGACAUGGGAUAUUCCAUCUGGAUCAAAGAUACUCGAAAUUGGCUGCGGGCAAGGAGAUUGCACCCUGGCGAUGGCCUAUCUGGUGGGAGAGCAGGGCCACAUCACAGGAAUUGACCCGGCGCCUUUGGACUACGGAGCACCCAUGACGCUGGGCCAAGCACAAGACAAGCUAAAACAGAGUGAGAUCGGUGACCGGAUCACGUUCCACCAAGCAGAUCUUGAAGGCUUCCUCAAUUCUAGCGCCUCAGAACCACUGUAUGACUACACCGUAUUCGCGCGUUCAACUUGGUACCUUCCAUCCGCCGAAGCACUGACGCCGAUGCUGGUGGCUCUACGCGGAAGAACAAAGCACCUCCGCAUUGCAGAGUACUCAACUGAUAUCCAAGGGGAUAUUGCCGCUCUGCCACACCUGCUAUCGGCAAUUUCACAAGCGGAGUUCAAUUCCAGGGACGAUAACUUGGACCGUCAUGAUAAUAUCCAGUCAAUUAUAACCCCGCAGAAGAUUCGGGAGCUGGCGCUCAAGGCGGGGUGGGUGCUUGAGAAGGAAGAUGUUAUUAGAUCCCCGGAGGAUCAGGAGGAUGCGGGGUGGGAGGUUGGUCGCGUCCUCUCGGAGAAGUAUCGUGUCAGGUCGCGAUCAUCUGGUGAUGCUAGUCGUCAAGAGUAUGCAGAUGCGUUGAUCAGUGCUGUUGAAGAGAGCAAGCGUGCGCUUGGCCCGAGUCCUAAGCUUAGAACUUUACCUACGUGGCUGGGCUCGUGGGCUUGA